GCUGAAUCAAUCAAACAGAACCAACACCUUCAUGAAGAAAUACUUCAGAGACAGUCAGUAUCAAGGUCCAGGUGCCAGCAGUGUGAACAACAUCAACAGGAGCACAAACUGAGACUGGCUGAGAUGGAGACGUUUUACAAAGACAAGCUGAAUGAGGAGAGAUCUGCUCUGCAGCAAAACCAAGAAGAACUGAUGUCAUUCAAAGAGAGAUUGGCUGAAUCAAUCAAACAGAACCAACACCUUCAUGAAGAAAUAUCAACUUUGAAAAAAGAAGGACAGAGACUUCAGAGACAGUCAGUAUCAAGGUCCAGGUGCCAGCAGUGUGAACAACAUCAACAGGAGCACAAACUGAGACUAGCUGAGAUGGAGACAUUUUACAAAGACAAGCUGAAUGAGGAGAGAUCUGCAUUGCAGCAAAACCAAGAAGAACUGAUGUCAUUCAAAGAGAGAUUGGCUGAAUCAAUCAAACAGAACCAACGUCUUCAUGAAGAAAUGUAA